UUCUGAUGACAUUGAUUAUACCAGGCAGUUGUUAUCAGCCCGGUGUGUUUGUAUUAUUAGCAAUCGCACGAUUCUAUCGGCUCUGGUACCGCAGUUUAUUCACCAUAUUCGACAGUCCAUAGUUGAUGCUCGAAAAAUUUGGGAGAAUUAUUUUCUUAGACUAGCUAAGAGUAUAUAAUUCAUACAGCUCUAGAUGCACGUGCGCGUAAUAAUUGUGUACAAAUAAAAAGUGUUUUUUUAAUCAACGAGUGUAACGAGUGUUAAAACAAUGCAGCGAAGUGAAAGCCAGACAUUUCAGAGCGUUGCAUCCACCAGCAAUGACACUAUCGAAGAAUGGAUAAAAUCCGAGUCGACGUGUAGCUUGGCGGAAAGCGAGAUUGCUAUAACUGAUCCCAAGAAAGUGAAACGAAAAGUACGCAACAAUGUCCGUAGUACAAGGGUCGAAUCUGCUUAUACACCCCACAACCGCCUGUCACGGUACAAGCCGGCCUUGCGCAACAUCAUCCCUUUUCGUGCCAGCAACACAGGAACCAGCGAUCUACCGGUGGACAAGGUGGGUUGUUUUUCCAACAGCUCAUUCUCGUGGAUUCGUAAAUUCUUCAUUACUCGAGAACAGCAACGAAACUACCAAACCUUACCGACCAGCACUCGGAAUGCCAAGCCGGACGACGUUUUUCUUCUUCCAAAGACGCCCUACAGUGACAGCUGUGAAGUGAACUGCCGUCGGUUGCUCGGAAUCUACAACUACAAGGAAACGCUCACUGGUCGCAAAAAAGUGUCCAUGCUCCAUGUAGUUUGGAGAUUCACAAGAACACGACUGAUAAUCGCUACCUUAUUCCACUGUUUAGCAGUUUUCUUGAUCUUCCUGGGAGUGGUGUUGUUUGCCAACAUGACUAUCGAAUCAAUGCAAACUAUUGUGUCCAAUAGUUGCCAAAACUGUUCAGCUAUAGCGAACUGUUCGAGUGUUCCUGCGAAGAUUCUUGGGAUAAGGUUCGAUAUGAACAACGCCAUUUGUAACAGUGCUUCAAAUUUAAAGGCCGAGGAAGGACGCGGCGUUCGCAUAUUGCUAUCACUGGGAGUAUUACUUUGCUUCUUUACCGGAAUGAUCUUCAACAGUAUUAAAAACUGGCUCAAUCUAAGAACUGCCGUCCGGUUACGUACUGCCGUAUUGUCGUCAAUUUACAAAAGGGCCAUGAAAAGUAAUAUAGUAACUAAUAUUUCCGCUCACCAAAUAAUGACUCUGGCUAACGAAGAAAGCGAAGUCAUUUUCAAGCUGGUUGAGUCGGGGGUACAAUUGACGGGGAUUUUCAUCGGAUUAAUUUUAGCUGCCAUCAGUGGCUUCUUGCUGUUACCAGUCUCCGUAGUAUUACUUUCGUUUGGAGUUUUCCCGCUAUUGUUGCUUAUGUUUAUUACAGGGAAUAUUUCGAGAAACAGUUUCAGGAAAUUUCUCGCAUUUGGCGCUAAAAAGCUAUCUGUAGUCGAAGAAAUUUGUUUCGGAUUUAAAAAUAUCAAGGUGCUUCAAAUGGAGCGGAUUUUUAUGGAUCGAUUCGUGGAAAAUUUGAAUCGUCAAUACAGGGCCCUUCAAUGGAGCAAUAUUUACUCGACUAAGGUUUUGGGAGGGGUCACCUCUGCCAUUCUGGUGGGUGGUCUAUAUCUAAUUUGGUGCGACAUCAACAUUAAAACAGAAAGCACAGAGGUCCUGAUACUUCUUCUGAUAUUUGCUUACCAUGUGCAAAACCUGAUGUUAGACUUUUGCUACUGUACAAUCAAUUUGCUCCUCGGGAAGGCCACACUUGAUAAACUUAAAUAUUCGUAUCAACUGCCGUGUCCGGAUAACGUACGACUUAAGCCAAAUCGGGAACAUCUGGCCAUCCAGAUUAACAACGUUGAAGUUGGUUGGCCAUCGGUGGAUACUAACGAAAACCUUCAGUGCCAAUUUAAGUUAUCGCUGGAUAACUUCGAAGUAGUCUCCGGUCAGAUCAUCGGAGUGACGGGGACGGCUGGCGGCGGGAAAACCACAUUGCUGCAUACCCUGCUGCGUAACGUUGAUAUCCAAAGGGGCAAAGUGCUCCACCGAGGAAAAUUGGCUUUUUUCCCGUCGGAACCUGUUCUUCUGAAUGAUAGCUUGAAAGAGAAUGUGCUCUUCGGGGAAUCUUUGGAUGCUCAGCGGUACUACCAAGCUAUUCACGCAGUGAAGCUGAACGAAGAUGUUCUGCAGGCGGCAGGUGCGGAUGAUAUACCCAUCACCUAUCUGGAACUGUCAACGCAACAGUUAGAACGAAUCACCUUGGCUCGUGCAGUAUACUGCCACCGACAGAUUAUACUACUGGACGAGCCUCUAAACUGCUUCAGCAAUCGUGAUGAAGCGAAAGAACUGUUUGCUCAAAUGCUCCAAAUCUUACGACAGGACAAUAAGACCGUCAUUGUAACGACCCAGUGGAAUGAGCUGCUCCAGUUUUGCGACCGGGUUUACCGGAUCGAAAACGGUGCCAUCUAUCGUGAAGGAUGUUACGCUGAGAUCCUACACAUACCAUCGCAUGUUGAAAUGUGCCGAAAAAGUAACCUGGACACGGUUUGUCGAGGUUAUGGACAGCCAAAUGCAGCAGGUAGUGAUCCGGCUGCUUUAUACAUUGCUACUAAUGCAUUCUGUAGAAGAAGUAGGCGAUCAGGUACGUUCGUAAAUGACGCAGAACAGUCUGAAGCUACCAGACGGACAUCUGAACCAAUAAGAGUACGAAGCUUCACCAUUUGGGAUUUUCUAGCACUGAUCGUGCUACAUCUAGUAAACGGUAUACUCUUUUAUGGUCCUGUUUUUAUGCUCAUAGUGAUUGUAGAACAGGGUGACAUUAACCCCUGGCUUAGUACUAUCUGCUUGGGUGUGAUCGUGUGCACUCUUGUCGUGGAUCAUGUUUCCAAGAUAUAUGUAGCGCGUAUUUCAACCAAUCGGAAUCGUUCUUAUCAGAAGACGCUGCUUAAGCUACUAAUGGGAGGCUCCCUAACGUAUCUGCAAUCAACCAGCGUAUCAAACGUGGUCAAUCUUUUUACCGACCGCAUUUCCAUGGGAUUCAUAGAGAUCGACAAUUGCAUCAGUCAUGCAAUUAUGAUAGUACUUGCAGCAACGAUUCUUGUGAUAGCAAACUUCUGGACUGCCUUUAUCGUGUCCAUUAUGUUGGCAGUAUCCGUAGCGCUGAUUUUCUAUGUACAGUACAGCUUACACCAUUUGUACAACCACGAGCACCUCUCACGGCAGCAGAUGUUCGCGAUACUAACCAACCAUUUAGCGAGCCGAGCAGUAAUACAAUCGUUCGAUGCUGUGUCCAGUUUUGUCCAAAAAUUCUACGACAAUGUGGAGGAAAACAGCACUGCGGUUUACAUGCAGCGAUCGAUCCAAUUUUUCGUUCAGUUUUGGGUUAACUUUAUCGCAUACUUCUUUGGAAUUAUUGCCCUACUGUUGAUUCUUCUGUUCACACCCCAGUCGGAGGUUUCGAUCCAUCGUUAUACCCUGGCUGUUUUUGGAUAUCUCUCCAUGGUGCGCCACCUGGACAAACUGGUAGAGCACGCCUUUCUAGCGAUGAUCGCUCGCAAAAAGAGAGAUAUUCUCAAAGCUGACAUUUCGCAACUUCAACCCUUAGAGGAAGCAGAACAUCCGGCGGCCCUUACGAAAUCAGACAUAGGAGUGUCGGUUAACAUUCGCGACGUUGUGUAUCGGGUAGCGAACAAAAAAAUGCUUAAAAUUCCCAAUCUGCGCGUUCAGGCGGGUGAGACAAUUGCAGUUACCGGCACUGGUAGUGAUCUCGUCAUUCCGCUUCUUUGUCGAAUAAUUCUGCCCAGCCAGGGGACGAUUUGUCUCAAUCAAAUUGACAUAUCACGGCUGAAAACCGAUCAACUGAGAGAACAGAUUGGCGUGAUUACGGCCGAUCCCAAAAUGGGCGACGUUUCCGUGACUGCUUUCUUAGACCCAGAAGGAAAACUGACUCCAGCGCAAAUCAAAGAGGUGCUGAAAACUACCGGGCUCUUCGAAGUGGUCGCUAAUCUACAGAACAAGGUUGAUGACAUGGUAAAUAAACUGUCGCUCAGACACCUGCAAUUGCUCUGUUUGGCGCGUUGUUACUUGCAAAAACCCGCGUUGUUGUUGCUGGAACAAAUUCACCCUGAUGCCUGCGCGAUCAUCAAUCAGGCAAUCCGAACGAAGUUUGCUGAACAAACGGUUAUUAUUAUUUGCUCACACGAGGUACAGUAUCGAGGUGUGUCUGAUAGGCUGAUCGACUUAGAUAGUUAGUGGCAUCCAAAAAAUACGUAACCAGAUUGUUCCGAUGGAGAUUAAAAUAAGCAAAAUAAAUUGAGCCUAAUAAAAAACUAAUUGGCUGUUUUCAAUUAUGAAAUCAGCAAUGAUAGACAGUAAAUGUCUGUAGUCGGAUUUUCAAAUUAUUGCGAACUUCGGUAAGAUUUUCAACUGUCUCUUUUAUUGUUACGGUAUUUUGAAAUAGUUAUUCAUAGAGUUAUAAUCACAUAUGAAGCUACUAAAUUUAUUUGUUUAUCGUUUUAGCCUUUAUAUCAAUUCUUAGUUUUUUUCUUUCUUUGUUGCUGUCAACCUUUUCAUCUGCUGCUGCUAGAACUUCCAGUUUAAAGGGGUUUCCAUACUAUUUUAUUUUCGGAAUUGAAUAAAUUCAGUGAUUCAUCUGUCUACCCCCGGCUUAGAUAUUCCAUCGAUGCAAAAAUCUCUUCAUUUUUUGCAGGUUUGUUUGCUGUUCUUGCUUUCUUAUCUACCAUGUUUGUUUUUUUUUUUUUUGUUAAAAAGUAGCGACUAAAACGAAUAACUACAUUCAACGAUAUAGCCAGGGUUUUUUUUGUUGUUGUUUGUAUGCUUUUUCCACGUUGAUUUAUUUGCAAUUGAACACCUAUCUUGGAUGGGGAUAACUAAAAAUACCUAAGUGUAGUCGAUCGUAAAAUAAAGAACUUGACAAGAACGAACCCAACUCUUAUAAUUUUAGAGGUGCUCUUUUUAAUUUAGCUUGCAACUAAACAAAGUUUACUUGUUAAAACUAAGCUUUUUACAUGAAUGGUAGUAGAAUUGAAGGUAGGUGUAUAGAAACAGAGAAUGAAAUAAAGUAAAAACUCAGAAAAUGUGUCAACUUAAAUAAUUUUGGGCAACUUUUGUGUGUGCUCUUCUAAUAGUUAUUCUCAUUUCCAGAUAGUUUAUGUUACUGCUCAAUAUGAUAUUAGAUACUUUUUGUCAAAAUCGAUAAAAAAAAGAAAAA